AUUGAUACCGCUAGAUGUCGAAACAAUCUAGCUCUUAUUUCGCUUCGUAAUGGCAUCUGCCGUUGUUCCUCAGUUACCAGUAGGAGGUUUUUCCUUCGAAAAUUGUAAAAGAAAUGCUUUCUUAGCAUCAAAAAAAUUUCCUCUCCCCAAUGCUAAAAAGACAGGAACUACUAUAGUUGGAAUCACCUAUAAGGAUGGGAUUAUUUUGGGAGCUGAUACAAGAGCAACUGAGGAUACCAUUGUUUCGGACAAGAACUGUUCCAAGAUCCAUUACCUAGCACCUAACAUGUAUUGUUGUGGUGCUGGUACAGCUGCUGACACAGAAAUGACAACAAAACUAAUUAGUUCACAGCUGGAAUUACAUCGACUUAACACUGGACGUGUUGUCCCUGUAUGUACUAAUUACUCCAUAGCAGCUAGAGAUCCUGAACCCAUGCUAGAAGAAGGCAAAGUCUUAGUGAGGGAUGCUAUUGCAGCUGGCAUAUUAAAUGACCUUGGAUCUGGAAGUAAUGUGGACCUGUGUGUGAUCACCAAAGAUGGAGCUCAACACAUACGCCCCCUUGAAAAUAUUGGCAUUAGAGGAGAAAAACAAGGGUCUUAUCGCUACAAAAAAGGCACUACAGCAGUGCUUAAAGCCAAUAUUAUCCCUCUAGAUGUCACAGAUACAUUAAUCAAACCUGUAGAAGCGGAACCCAUGGACACCUCUGGUUGAUGUCAAAAUUUUGGCUACAUUGAUUGAAUUAUUCUUAACAUUUGUUUUCCCUGUUUUUUUUAAAUGAUCAGUUGUAGUAUUGGGAGGGUUGGAUGUUUUCAUGUCUUUUAUUGACACUAGAAAAUGUAACUUCUUUCAAAAUCAAUAAAGAAUAUCACCAUAAUAAAAAUA